CCGAACAUACCGCUAUGCCUCAACAAAUUAAGGAUAUCAAGCAAUUCCUCGAGAUUGCCCGUAGAAAGGAUGCUCAAUCCGCUCGCAUCAAGAAGAACAGUGAUUCCAUCAAGUUCAAGGUUAGAUGUUCCAAGUAUCUUUAUACUCUUGUUGUUAAGGACAAGGCAAAGGCCAGCAAGCUUAGACAAUCUCUUCCCCCUGCUCUUACCGUUGUCGAGAUCUAAGUUCUCUCUUCAAAAAUAAAUUUGCCUUUUUUUUUUUUUAUU